AUGAUUAAAAAGACUAGAGAAGUUGAAGAAGAUUUACAACCUAUAAGAAAAAAAAGAAGAUUAUUGAAAAUCAUUGAUAAUCAAACUAGAAAUAAUGAAAAUAAUGAUCAAUAUUUUGUCACUUUAAAAUAUGCAAUGUCAAGAAAGGAUCUACCGUACAAAGGAGUUUUAGAUUUUCCCGAUUGUAUAAUAAAUGACACUGACCCAACAAAAGAGGAUAGAAUGAAAUUUGAAAGAUUCAAGCUGGAAGGUAUUAAUCUACGAAACCAAAAGCUUAAACCUAACCAAGAACAAGAUCCAUUGCAAGACAAUAAACCUCUCCUGUCAAGUAAAGAAUCAACUCCAUCAAAUAUAGCAUUAAAUAAAUCAAAAAUCAAAAAAAUUGUAUUUAGAGAUUACGAAAUCAAUACUUGGUAUAUCGCACCAUACCCAGAAGAAUAUUCACAAUGUGAAACAUUAUACAUUUGUGAAUAUUGUUUGAAAUAUAUGAGUUCUCCUAUUUCAUAUCAACGACAUCAAUUAAAGAAUUGUAAUUACUCAAAUCAUCAUCCACCGGGUACUGAAAUAUAUAGAGAUUCCAAAAUUUCAAUAUGGGAAGUUGAUGGUAGGAAAAAUAUAAAUUAUUGUCAAAAUAUAUGUUUAUUGGCAAAGCUUUUUCUAAAUUCCAAAACUUUAUAUUAUGAUGUUGAACCAUUUAUAUUUUAUGUGUUAUCCGAAAGAGAUUUACAAAACCCUUCAAAACAUCAUUUUGUUGGCUAUUUUUCAAAAGAAAAAUUAAAUAAUCUGGAUUAUAAUGUUUCUUGUAUCCUUACAUUACCAAUAUAUCAAAGAAAAGGAUAUGGAAAUCUUUUAAUUGAUUUCAGUUAUCUACUUAGUCGAAAUGAGUUUAAGUUUGGAACCCCCGAAAAACCAUUAAGUGAUUUAGGUCUACUAAGUUAUAGAAAUUAUUGGAAAAUAGCAGUUGCAUAUAGAUUAAAACAAUUAUUUGAAAAAUAUCGAGACAAAAAUUUUCAAAUUACAUUAAAUGUCCUAUGUAAAUUAACAGGUAUGAUUCCUGCAAAUGUCAUUAUUGCAUUAGAACAAUUAGACGCUUUAUAUGAAAAUUCAAAUGGUGAAUUUGCCAUUGCUAUAGAUUUACCGAAAAUAAAUGAUGUUAUUAAAAAAUGGGAAGCAAAAAAUUAUGCAAAAUUAGACUAUUCAAAAUUAUUAUGGAAACCUAUGUUAUUUGGACCAAGUGGUGGAAUCAAUUCAGCACCAGCUAUGGUUUAUCAAGCUAAAACUGCAAAUAACGUCCCACAAAAUAGUAUAUCGUUAAUAUCGGAUUUUUUGAAAGAUGAUAUCGAUAAUCCGAAUACCUUUGAAGAAGAAGCUAUGAAAGAAAUUAAUGUGUGCUCAACUAAUGAGUUGAAAAUUCAAAACCUGACUCAAAUGAGUGAUGAUUAUGUUUUAUGUAAGGAAACUUCAAUAAGACCCAAGCUUCAGGCAAAACCAUCAAGUGAAAGUGAAAUUUUUGAGGAGAUAGAUCAAAGUUUUGAUGACGCGUCAGAUUUAGAUGUUGAAUCAGAAUUAGAAUCAGAUGUAGGUUCAGAUGUAGGUUCAGAUGUUAGAUCAGACGCUGGAUCAGAUGCCGCAACUGAUGACGAAUCAGAUGCCGAAUCGGAGGAGGCGGUCGAAUUGGAAUCAGAUACCGAAUCAAAGGUUGAAUCGGAGGAAGAGUCAAACUCUGAUGCAGAUUAG